AUCCAGAAUCAUGGAACCAGCUGUUCAGGAGACUACACCUGUAGACUUGGGUUCCCUGUUCGACGACGAGGACGGGGCGACGGUGAGGUUGGUGGCAGGCGACACACGGCUGGUGGCGCACAGAGCUGUGCUGGCAGCUAGGAGCCCUGUUUUCGCCGCCAUGUUCAGCCACGACACGGUGGAGGCCAGCAGUGGCACAGUCACCAUCCCCGACGUGGAGGGCGCGGUGCUGCGCCAGCUGCUGUCUUACCUCUAUACCCUGCAGCCCCCCCAGCUGCCCGACAUGGCCCCCCAGCUGCUCGCUGCCGCCGACAAAUACGGCGUGACGGGCCUGAAGGCGUCUUGCGAGCAGCAGGUGGCCGCCGGGCUGGGGGUGGAGACGGCGGUGGCCGCAGCUGUGCUCGCCGUCAGGCACACCUGCCCCGGCCUCAGGCAGGCCGCCAUUUCCUUCGUGAAGACCCACACGCAGCAGGUGAUGGCGACGCAGGGCUGGGCAGACGCCGUGCUGAAUCACCCACACGAUUUUGUGGAGUUCACUCGACUAAUUGCAGAGCCAUCUGUAGACAGCAGGACGGCAGCCACUGCUGACAGCAGGCCGUCCGCCACUGCGACCGCGGGCGCCUACUGCCAGUACCACAGGGAGGAACCUCCUGCAGCUGACAUGUCCACAGCUGCCCGACGUGGCCGCACUGGCCCGUCUGGUGACGAAGCUGCAUCCCGCGUGCGGAGCCUUACAGCAGAGGAGAAGGGCAGGGAGCUGAUCGAUGCGGCUAAGAAUGGGAGAGUCGGCAAGCUGCGGGCGCUGCUUGUGGCGGGUGCAGAUGUGGGAGCGAGGGACACAUUCAAGAGGGACACUGCCCUCCACUGGGCUGCUCGGAGGGGAUGUGUGCAGGCUGUGAGAUGUCUGCUGCGCAGUGGGGCUGAGGUGGACGCCAGAAACAACUGGCAGAGCACGCCCCUGCUAUUGGCUGCACAGUACGGCCAUACAGAGGUGGUGUCUCGGCUGGUGGAGGCAGGGGCCGACAAGGGGGCCUGCGAUGCAGAUGGGGACACACCGCUAUACGUCGCCAGAGCGUCGGGCCACCAGGAGAUUGUAGAGAUGCUAACGUGAAACUACCAGCACAACAAACUUACCAGUAAAAUUAAUAAAGCCUUCUUACCAUCCGAAA